GGAGUUCGCAGGACUUCGUAUUUCAUAUUCGUAGCAAGUUGCUAACUUCAAGUUAUUGUUUGAUAUCAUCAUUCGUGUAUGAAGCGGUGUUAACUUUUAUUUUAUUUUUCUGUUUCGUUUUAUAUUGUAGCAGUUAUUAUCGAAAUUAUGUGUUUUUACUAAGUUUAAAUCAUAUAAAAAGUGCAUUAGUUAUUAAUUCAUCAAAUUAUGUUAGCAAUCGUGCAUAUGCUUUGUUGUGAGAACCACCUUUAUCUGCUGUCAUUUUAAGUUAUACUAAGAAAAUUUUCGAUAAUGAAACAUAGGCUGUUAAUCAAACAAUAAGUUAUUCAUGAUAAGAUCGCCCGAGAAGUGUAAAACAGUAUCUAGUUGAUGUGUCGUAAUGAGAAUAGUGUUUUUCUCCGGAGUAGUGAAUUGGAGAAUGUGCGGUGGCGUUUAGGAUCUGUAAGGGUCAGAGACAGAGUUCAGCAUGGGAACGGUAAAAGAUGAAGAACGUAUGCGACGUCUUCGUUUGCUGGAGGAAAGGCUGUGUGACCCUCGCUCAACCGGCAACGUGGAUUGUCUCCUGGACACAGUCACAGCACUGAUAUCUGAUUGCGAUCACCCGGCCAUUCGACGUAUGAAAAACGUUGAAGCUUACACCAGCAGAUAUGAGGAAUUUGCAUCAGACAUAGUUGAUCUGCGUUUGAAAGCAGCAGAUUUUGAUCUUAUUAAAGUAAUUGGUCGGGGAGCAUUCGGGGAAGUUCAACUAGUCAGGCAUAAAUCUACUAGGUCAGUUUAUGCUAUGAAACUUCUUAGUAAGGUAGAAAUGAUUAAAAGAUCUGACUCAACAUUUUUCUGGGAAGAGAGACAUAUUAUGGCACAUGCUAACUCUGAGUGGAUUUUGAAACUACACUUUGCAUUUCAAGAUCAAAAGUAUCUUUAUAUGGUAAUGGACUAUAUGCCUGGAGGUGAUCUGGUUAGUUUAAUGUCUAAUUAUGAUAUACCUGAGAAAUGGGCCAAAUUUUAUACAAUGGAAAUAGUCUUAGCUCUAGAUGUUAUUCACGGAAUGGGUUUUGUUCAUAGAGACGUUAAACCUGAUAAUAUGUUGAUAGACAAGUAUGGUCAUUUAAAGCUAGCAGACUUUGGUACUUGUAUGAGAAUGGGUCCUGAUGGUCUAGUGCGUGCUAGUAAUGCUGUGGGUACCCCUGACUACAUAUCUCCUGAAGUACUGCAAUCCCAAAAUGGUGAAGGCGUUUAUGGUAGGGAGUGUGAUUGGUGGGCUGUUGGUAUAUUUUUAUAUGAAAUGCUUAUAGGGGACCCACCUUUUUAUGCUGAUAGUUUAGUAGGUACUUAUGGGAAAAUUAUGGACCAUAGAAAUUCCUUGCAAUUUCCUGAUGAUAUAGAAAUCUCUAGAGACGCUAAAUCACUCAUAAGAGGUUUGCUGACUGAUAGAGCCAGAAGACUGGGUAAAAACAGUGUUGACGAAAUUAAGCAGCAUCCUUUUUUUAUAAAUGAUCAGUGGAGCUUUGAAAAUCUUAGGGAUUCAGUGCCACCUGUUGUGCCUGAGCUGUCUAGUGAUGAUGAUACGAGAAAUUUUGAUGACAUUGACAAGUCAGAUGCUUUAGAUGAAUCUUUUCCGGAGCCUAAAGCUUUUGUAGGGAAUCAUCUUCCUUUUGUAGGAUUUACUUAUAAUGGUGACUACCAACUCUGUGGAGGAAGAAUUAAACCAGCUGAUGUUGUAGACACUAUAUCAAAUAAUCAUAUAAAUAAUGUUGGAUCUGAAGCUAUACUACAAUUAGAAAAAUUAUUAGAGAGGGAAAGGGAUUCAAGAAGAAAAGUAGAAGAUAGGCAAGUGAUAUUAUGCAAUCAGUUAGAAGACAUGUCUCAGAGAGAAGUAAGAAAUAAGAAAAUUAUUGCUGACACAGAUAAAGAACUGGCCCUAUUAAAACAUGACCUGAAGGAAAUUCAAAGAAAGGCUGAAAUUGAAGCUGAUUCACGGCGAAAAGCAGAAAUGAAUUAUAAUGAAGUUAAACGUCGGUUAGAUGAAGAACAAAGUAAGAGGAUGAAAGAAAUGAGUAGUUUACAAAUUUACAAUGAAAAGAUUAACAUCUUGGAAAAGCAGUUAACUGAGAUGCGUGAGAAGUUAAAACAGGAAUCAGAAGCUGCAGCUAAAUCUAGGAAGCAGGCAGCAGAAUUGAGUGCAGCACAAGCAGCAGCGGCUGCAGCUAGUGAUGGUACUGUAGCCAGCUUGAGAGCCCAACGAGAUGCUUUAGAGAGGGAAUGUAGUUCACUCUCUGAGGAAUUGGGUACAGUAAAAGCAGCUAAACAACGUACAGAAGCAACUGUUGUUGAGUCUACUAGUAGAUUAAAUGCUGCUCAUGUUGAAAUGGAAAGAUCUACCUUAAAGAUUAACCAAUUACUGGCUGAUAAUCGGCAGCUGUCUGAGCGUGUAUCUUCAUUGGAAAAGGAAUGUACAUCUUUGUCUCAUGAUCUUAGGACAUCUCAACAUUUGUAUCAACAAGAAGUAAGAGCACAUCAGGAAACACAACGAUCACAAUUAUUGUCUAAACAGGAAGCCAACUUGGAGCUAGUGAAGGCAUUGCAAGGAAAGUUGAAUGAAGAGAAACAAGCAAGACAGCGAGCCGAGGCCGGUUCACAAGAAAAAGAUAGACAAAUGUCUAUGCUAAGUGUAGACUAUAGACAGAUGCAGCAACGCUUGCAAAAAUUGGAGGGUGAACAUAGACAAGAAGGUGAAAAGGUGGCAGGCCUCCAAGCGGCGCUAGAGCAAGAAAGAGAUGCUCGGCUGUCGGCGAGCGCAGAAACGGCAGCGGCUGAAAGUAGUGCACGUGCGGCGGCGGCUGAAAGAGAUGCCCGUGCACGUGAACUUAUAGCUGUUCGCGCGGCUUUGCACGAUGCAACUGAAAAGCUUGCGGCGGCUGGCGCUGAACGUGACAUGCACUAUGCAAGGAGCGAAGAACUACGCUCCCAGUUGGAGAACGAGCAACACUACUGUGUUAUGUACCGAACGCAAGCGAACGAUGCCCGUUCGCAACUCGACGAGAACGCCCGCGCAAAUCGCGACCUUGAACAAGAGCGGGCCAGUCUUAUGCAUCAAUUGCAAUUAGCUAUCGCCCGGGCAGACUCGGAGGCUAUUGCUAGGUCCAUAGCGGAAGAAACAGUGGGUGAACUAGAGAAAGAGAAGACGAUGAAAGACCUGGAGAUGCGGGAGGCUCUCACCCAGCAUCGAAGCGAAUUAUCAGCAAGAGAUGCGUUGGUUCAAGGUCUUAGGGACCGGGAUCAUGAGAACAGAGCCACUAUUGACCUACAAAGGAAGGAAGUGGACGAGUUGCGUCGGAGCGGUACAGCUCUAGCAGAGCGCGUAGCAACAUUGCAGCGUCUUCAGGAAGACGUUGACAGAUUGAACAAGAAACUCAACUCUGAGAUCAUGCUUAAGCAACAGGCUGUUAAUAAGUUGGCCGAAAUCAUGAACAGGAAAGACAUGAACCCAGCAUCCACGAAGAACAAGAGCAAGAUGUCCGUACGCAAAGACAAGGACUAUCGCAAGCUGCAGCAGGAGCUGACGAGGGAGAAGGAGAAGUCGGACCAGCACAUCUCCAAAUUGCAGAGGGACCUUCAGGACUCGCAGCAGCAGCUCAUCGAGGAGCAGCAGACGAGGCUUCGACUCGCUAUGGAGGUUGACAGCAAAGACGUAGAGAUAGAGCAACUGAAAGAGAAGCUGGCAGCGUUGACCAGCGAAACAGCAUCUCAAUCGUCGGCUGAUGCGGAAGACGGAGAAACGGAACAGACCCUCGAGGGAUGGCUUUCAGUUCCAUUCAAGCAGAAUAUAAGGAGACACGGCUGGAAGAAGCAGUAUGUGGUUGUCUCUUCUAAGAAGAUCAUCUUCUAUAACACCGAGAAUGACAAGCAGAAUACAACUGAUCCGGUCAUGAUAUUGGAUUUAAGCAAAGUAUUCCAUGUCCGUUCCGUGACACAAGGCGACGUAAUCCGGGCCGAUGCGAAGGACAUCCCGCGUAUAUUCCAGCUCUUGUACGCUGGUGAAGGGGAAGCCAGGAGACCUGGAGACGCACAGGAUCAGCCUACAGAUGGAGUAGAUCAUACUGGUAACACAGUACAGCAUAAAGGGCAUGACCUGGUCAGCAUAACGUAUCACAUCCCGACGGCCUGCGAAGUCUGUACUCGACCACUUUGGCAUAUGUUCCGUCCACCACAGGCCUAUGAGUGCCGACGCUGCCGUAUGAAAGUGCACGCCGAGCACGUGUCGGAGGCGGGCGGGGAGGGCGUGGCAGCGUGCAAGUUGCACGCGGACAGAGCGCGCGAGCUACUGCUGCUGGCACCUGUAGCGCAAGAGCAGCGGCGCUGGGUUGCCCGACUUGCCCGCAGGGUGCAGCGGUAUGGGUACAGGGCUGCUCACAACCAUGACCAUACCAAGUUGUCCCCAAGAGAUUCGAUGCGAUCCAAUCUCAAAGCGGCGUAUAUGAACGCAUCGCAGCGUAGUUCGACUUUGCCCGCUAACACAGCACUACCCAGGCAGUAAAGACAAGAUAACGUAUACUAAUUACACACACAUACAUGGUGUUCCAUGUGUGUGUAGAAUUUAUAUUACAAAUACGAUACAUCCAAAUAGAAAAUAACCGACUUCAAAAUGUAGAUAAGCAAUCAUU